GGCUUUUAUAAUGAAAAAGGAAAUUAUUUCUGCUUUUAAGGAUGGCGGUUCCAGAAAUGGAGGUGGAGGUGGAGGUGGAGCCGAAUCUCAGAGGUCCUGAAAUAGUCACCAUGGGGGAGAACGACCCGCCGGCAGCGGAAGACCCCUUCUCCUUCAGAUCGCUUUUCGGCCUCGAUGAUUUGAAAAUCAGUCCUGUUGUGCCAGACGCAGACGCGGUUGCUGCGCAGAUCCUGUCACUGCUGCCAUUGAAGUUCUUUCCAAUCAUCGUCAUUGGGAUAAUUGCCUUGAUAUUAGCACUGGCCAUCGGUCUGGGCAUCCACUUCGACUGCUCUGGGAAGUACAGGUGCCGGUCGUCUUUCAAGUGUAUUGAACUGACAGCUCGCUGCGACGGGGUCUCAGACUGCAAAGAUGCGGAGGAUGAGUACCGAUGUGUCCGCGUGAGCGGUCAGAACGCCGUGCUCCAGGUGUUCACAGCUGCUGCCUGGAGGACCGUGUGCUCUGACGACUGGAAAGCUCACCACGCUAAUGUCGCCUGUGCCCAGCUGGGCUUUCCAAGCUACGUGAGUUCAGACGCCCUCCGAGUGGACUCGCUUGAGGAGCAGUUCCGAGAGGACUUUGCUUCCAUCAAUCACCUCUUGCCGGAUGACAAAGUGACGGCUUUGCACCACUCGGUGUACGUGAGGGAGGGGUGUGCCUCGGGUCACGUGGUUACCCUGAAGUGCACAGCCUGCGGUCUGAGAAUGGGCUACAGCUCACGCAUCGUGGGUGGAAACAUGUCCUCGCUCGCACAGUGGCCCUGGCAGGCCAGCCUUCAGUUCCAGGGCUACCACUUGUGCGGGGGCUCUGUCAUCACCCCCGUGUGGAUUGUCACCGCUGCCCACUGUGUUUAUGACCUGUUUCUCCCCAAGUCCUGGACCAUCCAGGUGGGCCUGGUUUCCCUGCUGGACAGUCCAGCCCCCUCCCAUCUGGUGGAAAAAAUCAUCUACCACAGCAAGUACAAGCCAAAGAGGUUAGGCAAUGACAUCGCCCUCAUGAAGCUGGCCGGGCCACUUGCCUUCAAUGAGAUGAUCCAACCAGUUUGUCUGCCCAACUCCGAAGAGAGCUUUCCUGAUGGAAAAAUGUGCUGGACGUCAGGAUGGGGGGCCACAGAGGAUGGAGGUGAUGCCUCCCCGGUCCUCAACCACGCAGCUGUGCCUUUAAUCUCCAACAAGGUCUGCAACCACAGGGACGUGUACGGGGGCAUCAUCUCCCCCUCCAUGCUCUGUGCCGGCUACCUGCGAGGCGGUGUGGACAGCUGCCAGGGGGACAGCGGGGGACCCCUGGUGUGUCAAGAGAGGAGGGUGUGGAAGUUGGCGGGAGCGACGAGCUUUGGCAUCGGCUGUGCUGACGUGAACAAGCCUGGGGUCUACACUCGCAUCACCUCCUUCCUGGACUGGAUUCACGAGCAGAUGGAGAGGGAUCUGAAAACUUGAAGAGAAACGGGACAAGCCACAACUUAGAGCUCCUGCCACAGUGGAGACCUUCCUGUCCUUCCAUAGAUUCCUGUGUGGAAACUUCCAACAGCAGAGCCAAAAGAAGGAGCAUCUCUCCAUUCCUCUUCAUCUGGAACAACUUUCUUCUAACACCUCUAACAAGUCACAGGGGCACGGACCAGAAUGACCUUGAAGCUCCUUUCUGACCUUCACGAAGAACAGAAGCAGGAAACCCCUCCAAAGUGCUACCUUAUCCCACUUGUUCACCUGCUGCUCCCUACGAGGUUCAACAUCCCCAACCAGAUGGCACAUCGUGGGCAAAACAGUCGACAGCCGCUGCCUGGAGCAAACGGCAGGGAUGCGGUCAUGGCUGAUGGAGCCGUCUGCGCUUUCCUUACCUGGGCACCAGAACCGAACCCAAAUUUUCUAUUCUAAGAUCUCCUUUCACAUGUGGGAACCCAAUAUACAAAUGAUUCGCUUUAAGGUUUAUUUCUAUUAUGUCUUUGUAGCAUUUGGUGUUUCAUAUAUUAUUGACCCUCGCUUCCAAAGGCCAUAAGCUCUCUUAACGCGUUCGUCCGUCAGAGCUCGUCUGAAGGAGCCUGACUUCUCGUGUAAAUUGAAAUCCUGAGCUUGAUUCGACAGGCAUGAUUACUUUGAUCUCGUCUGUGUGUUGUGGGUUUUGCAUUUUUCUGUUAGAACAGCCUUCUCAGAAGAUCGGAAUUAUCUUGAAUUACAUCACAAGACUCAGAGCAGAGUGAGAGAAGAAAGCCCUGGGGUUGGACAGGACCACCUAAACCCCACUCAGUGGGUACUGAAGGCCAGUAGAGUAGAUGGUCACGUGUCAUCAAGACCAAAGCCUUCCCUCCCUCUCCAUGUGGGCCCAUUGAUCUUCCCCACACCUGCAGGAUUAGAGACCCACUCAUUACCCACACACUUUCUGCAGGCCACAAAGCACACACGUGACAAAGGAAGGCUGCUUGGUAAGUAAGCAGUGUCCAGUGGCGCUUUAUCACGAGUGCGUUCAUCAGAAUAUGAGCCCAUUGCUUUGCCUUGAGGCAACAGCGGGAAAGAUGGGUGAGUUUCAAACAGAUCAGAGAUGGGUCCAGGUGCCCCAGGAAGGGAACAGCUCCCAGGAGCCUCCUGAAUGCCUCUGAGCCAGGGGUGGAGGAAGAGAGGGAGGGAGAGCUAAAGGCCAUUUAGCGAUGGUAUUGGGUGCACUUCACAUAUCAGUGUCCUACACACAUCUCUAGGCCGGAAGGUGGGCAAGAGUGUUUUUAUUUCAAGUAUUUUUGCCCAGCUCUCUUUGAAAGUAGUGGUACCUCAUUGAAGAGCCAAGUUGUGAAAAGAUAAAGGAUAUCACGUGAUCACCUAAAGUGAGAAAACUCGACUGUGGGGUCAGCAGACGUGUAUUUCUAGCCUGUUGUGGUUUCGUUCUUCUUUAAUGACUACUGCAUUUUGUUGGGAAAUAUUUUGUUGGGAAAUAACCUUUCAAAAGGUCUUGGGGAACAUUAUUGGCGGGCAAUUAACAGGCCUGUACCAUGUGCCCGGCCCCAUUCUGUGCACAUUUCACGUGUUUCCUUGUUCGAUUAUCAGAACCACCCUAUGACACAGGGGUUGUCACAGUCCCAUUUUGUAGACGAGGAAACUGAGGUGUGAAAGCGAGUAGGCUCUCCCAAGGCCAUGCAUU